AUGGGACUUCUCAUCUUUUUCUUUUUGUUUGUGUUUGUGUCAACAACAACCGCAAAUGAAGCGACAAUUAAUGCAACAACAGAAUCUUCCAUAAUAGACAUCAAUUCAAAUCUGGUCGGAAACCCUCUAAAAACAGGGAAUGGGAGUGUCAUUAAUCUCUGUGCUCAACAUGAAUGUUAUGAAUUGUUAAAGCGUGAACUCGACUUGGUUGGGAAUAUUUCAAAAGGAGAAAGGGAUUGUAAAGCGGCAUUGGUUGAAUCAGAAAGUGGCCAUGAAUUUUGGAAAGUUUUUGGAAUUGUGUCUAUUAUUCUAACGAUAUUAAGUUGUUGCUGCUGUUAUUGUUGUUGCUAUUUUUGUUCUUAUCUAAAUUCUCGUGAGGAAUAUCGAGUUAAGUUUUUCUCCUCAGAUUAA